AUUUCCUCAGAACUAUGCAGGAGGAGAUCAGUCAUACUAUUCUCGGCCCCCGGAACCGAUGGGGCCCUUCAUCACUCAGCCUGGACACCCGGGGUACUGGAGCGGGCCCCCCCAGGGCCGUGGGGCCUGGGGGGGCCCAAAGCCGUACGGAGCGCUGCCAAAACACACGGUGUACGUGGUGGAGCAGCAGGACCACCAUGGCGGCGAGGACUCGUGCCUGAGAGCCUGUUCCACCGCUCUGUGCUGCUGUUGCCUCUGGAACAUGUUGACCUCUCACCUUGGCUGACCUUUGACAUCUCAUCUUUACCCAUCAUGCAGUAGGGCCAUCAUGAAGGGCCAUCAUGACGACACCAUCACUGGGAAACUCCCAAUUACAAUCACGGAUGAAGCAACCGACCGAGACAUGUCGACUGCAUCUCAACAUUAUGUUGCCAUGACGACAGCCCACCCUCCGUUGCUUCUUUAGGAACACAUUCCUACACUCGCGUCAUUUUCUCUGUACUUGUGUUUUCUAUGUCGCACAAAUAAAAUGUGUCACAACAAGUUCUUAACUUACAUUUCAUUUCAAACAAGUAUUUUCUGCCUUUUACUAAAUCACAUCUGACGCUUUUUAUUAAUUUGUUAUUCACAUUUUUUUAAUAGUUCUUUUACACUUUGUCUAAAUGUUUUUUAAGUUCUAGGAGAAAAACACUUUCAAUACAAAUAAAGUUUCAGAACCAAAUUACUGGAGCCUAAGUUUUGAUGACAG